CCAUCAAAAUGUUCAAGUUUGUAAGUUGGAUUUGACUAGGGUAGUGUUCGGGAGGAUUUGAUCAUAUGUAAAUUUGUUUACUUUGCAGACUCGUAUCGUCUUCGCUGCUUUGUUCGCCAUGGUUGCCGCUAAGCCAGGAGUCCUUGCUCCUGUUGCUUACAGCGCACCGGUCGUGGCAGCUGCACCUGUCGUGGUCACCGCCCAUAGCUCACAGGUCGUUGCAAGGAACUACAAUGGAAUUGCCGCCCCCCUCAUUGCCGCCGCUCCAAUCGCACCAAUUGCUCCUGUUGCCCGAGUGGCUGCACCUCUUGUUGCUGCUGCCCCAGUGGCCCCGGUUGCCCGAUUUGCUCCUGCUCCCGUAGUUGCACCAGCUCCAUUUGCCCGAUUUGCUGCUCCCCUAGUUGCACCGGCUCCAGUUGCUCCAAUCGCUCCCUUCGCUCGCGCCGUAGCUGCUCCCUUCGGAUAUGCUGCACCAUUAGCACGAUAUGCUGCAGGUCCUCUAGCUUACUCUGCUGGAUACACAGCACCAGUUUUGUUCUAAGUUAAGAAAUCGAAUUCCUGUGAUAUACCUCCUAAUUUCGAGCCAACUGUUGUUAUGAAUAAAAUGUCUUGUUGAACAUAA